AUAGUUAGUAUGGGUUAACCUGGGUUUAUUAAUAUACUCUUUGAUUAGUAGUGAAUUUAAAUGAUUAAUUGUUAUAGCUGAUGUAUUUUCAAUUGGAUUUUCUGUUAUUAUAGUUUAGUAGAGUUGAAUUGUGAUUAAAUAUAAUAUCUUUAAAUUAUGGCCUCAAUGCCACACGACGAUAAAUCCGAGAAAACAUUAAAACGGGAUCAAGAGAGCAUACAGCAUAACUUAAAUAAGUUUUUAAAGCCAGACUUCUGUGAAAACCAAGAAGCAAAAAUCAGAAACUUAUAUGCAAAAGACGAAGGGCCCCACUGGCGUAAUGUCACCAGUAGUAGUGUGACAAAGUCGUUGAUAACAAAAAACUUACCAAAGAUCUUUCAGCAUUUACCAAUAUGUACGCAGUCUACGUCUAGGGGGGACAUUGAGUUGGAAUUGGAACAGCAAAUUGUUUCAUUUGUCGGUAACAUAGACGAUGAGGAAUAUGAUAAACUUGUCGAAUUUUGCGACCCUAAACAUUUGGAAACUGGUCAUGAAUUAAAGAUGUCAAUGUCACUACCUACUAGCAAGUCUUCCGCUAUGAACAGUUGCUAUAAUCCUCAAGCUUCCAGUUGUCUACAUUUCUGCAAGAAUUUAAUGUUCCGAAAAGAAAUUGAUAAAAAGAAUUGCUAUUCCCGAAAGUUAAAAUAUAGAACAGUAUGCCUUAUACCACCACCUGAAGAUGCUGAUGAACCUGACAAUGAGUUGCUGCAACCAGGGAAAGAUCUCAUCUACAGAGUUAGAAUAUAUCGGCCAUUCCCCUAUUCAUAUUCUGCAAAAACUACUGUCCGUCAUUCGCUUUUAAUGACAGAAAUCAUGAUGCUGGGUCAACAGCCCCUUUGGGCUCUGAGAGAUCACAUUUACUGUCUCAAUGACGUCUCUACAGGCAUCGAUGUCUCAGAGAACCCAGAUGACAUACCCUCGACCUCAGCUAAGGAACUAUUUCCGUCUAGUUUCAUGUUUAUCAACAACGUGUUCUACGUGGACGAACGCAAGGGCUGCUCCGACAUCACUCUGGAGUUGCGGGAGUGGGCCGCCGCACGGAACAUGGGCACCUUUCCCUCUCACUCCAUGGACGUGAAGCUGGAAGACAUCAAGAUCAGGCUCGGACAUCCCGAUGUCUACGUGCACCUGGGUGACUGUGAACACCCGUUCACUUUCUCGGAGGUGCGGCUGGGGCACUCCCGCGACCCUCUGCGACGCCAGUCUUACCCGUUCGUGAGCCAGGUGGGCCUGAGCCAGGUCAUCUACUGCAGCAUAUGCUCGGAGCACAGCACCAAGUGGGUCGUCAAGGACUGCGACAUGGUCCCCUUCGACCCCACGUACUUCUGCGACACUUGCUUCCGCCUCUACCUGUACAAGGACGGGAAGAAGGCGUGUCCCUUCAAGGCUUACGUAUACAAAGGGAACGAGAUGAGCGUCUUGAAGCCCAGGCAUUGAUAGUAAGCUUCCUUUCAUUCCUUUAGACUUUCCCUACCUCCUCGUAAACCGACCUGCCCUAAUUAACUAUUUAAGCGACGACGUAGGUGUGGGUACGUCCGUAUGCCCACACAUCGCGAAGGCCUGUUCCACCUUUGCGCCCCGUUUCGGCGACCCCGGUCCGUCGUAAGACGUCUAGUUGAAAUUAAAUUUUCCACCAAAAAACUAAUAAGCCCGUGUCUCAUCAACGUAAUGGAAGCCGCUGCCUUCGAGAACGUUGACGCUCGACACUCUGCAGAAAGUGAGCGUACGGGCGAAACUGCACACCGAGGAAGUUCCGUGGGCCUCGUGCAUCAAAAUUGUAUUUUAAGUGGAAAUUUAAAAUACCUUCCAGCUGUGUACGUUUAGAUUUAAUAAAUAAACUGUGAUUACCGAUAACUUGUGUUCCACGAA